UAUAAAGAAGGAGCGUGGAAAUGUAGUGGCUCGGGAAAAAAAACUGCAAUUUUCCAAGAAGAUGGCUUAUCAUGUAGGCAAUAUCAGAAUCAUCGCCAGUUCAAGUGACGAAGACUCAGAUGAUGCACAAAGAAUAGUUAGUACAGAUGAAGAAAUUGAAGUUGGUGAGAAGGAUUUACCAUCAUUCCAAGGACAGGACAUCGUGAAAUGCAGCAACUGCUCACAACAUGCUCAGCGUUAUUGUAAUGACUGUCGUAAGUCACAUUGUCAAGAUUGUGCACAGAAUCAUCAUUGUAGGGAAGAAUACACGCUGGAAGAUUCUAAGAGCAAAAUACACACAGAAAUAAAGUACGACGAAACAGUGAAGAAUUUCUCUGAAAUUGGUGACCUGUGCACGAGGGCAUCGGCAUUAGGAAUCGGGAAAGAAUUUAUCGUGAGAUGGGAAAAUGGUAUCCUUGUUUUCAAGAUUUACAGUGGAUCAAUUACAAAACCCAGAGGCAAUCUUGACGCUAUUAUCAGCAUCUGGGAUAGAGGCAAAGCAGGCGGUUUCUCAGAGGCAAUACUAAGGGAGGCAGGGGAUGAAGUUGCUGAAGUGGUUAAAUCUAGAAGACAUGUAAAAACGAAAGACAAUUUGGUCACCUUUGCGGGACGGCUUCCCUGUAAAUACUUAAUUCACUGUGCUUGUCCACGUUGGGAAAAUUAUGACAGCGGAAGCAAAACACAGUGUCUUAGGGAUGUCUAUGAAACUGUAUCGAGAGCUCUGAUAACAGCGUGUGAAAGAGGUGUUAAAUCUAUUGCUCUGCCCCCUAUAGGCUCUAGUAAAAUUUAUGGCAUACCAAAUAUUGCAGCUGCAGCAAUGUAUGUAAAAUCUGUUAUGGAAUAUCAAAACUUUCUAGAAAAGACGAAAAAUGCAAUCAAAGAAAUUCAUUUUAUUGAUAAAAACAAUGAUAUGAUUGGACUAGUAAUUGACACAUAUCAAAUUGCUCUUGACAACCCGGGAUAUCUUGAGGAAAAUUCUGUGAUGAUGCGGUUGAGAGAACUACGAAAAUUUCAAGGGCGAGCGAAAAAUCCUACAGAUUUUUCUAGUUUGUGUCCAUCCACUUUUGUGCCAGGACAACAGCAUUUUCCAAUUCCAUGCACGACAUCUACAGUACUCUCAUACCCAUGCAAUCCACUUCCUGUACUCAUAUACCCUGGCAAUUCAACUCCUGUUCCCCGAUUUCCAAGCAAUCCAACUCCUGUAACCCCAAGCAAUCUAACUCCAGUACCCCCAUAUCCAAGCAAUCGAACGCCGUUACACCAAUACCCCGGCAAUAUAACUCUUGUACACCCAUAUCCAAGCAAUCCAUCUCCUGUACCCCAAAGCAAUCCAACUCCAUUACACCCUUUUCCAAGCAAUCCAACUCCAUUACACCCUUUUCCAAGCAAUCCAACUCCAUUACACCCUUUUCCAAGCAAUCCAACUCUUCUACUCCCAUACCCAAGCAACCCAACUCCUGUACCCCAAUAUCCAACCAAUUUAAUUCAGUCUCAAACACCCACCCAAUCCUCUGCUCAUACUGCAAAAAUGUCUAACUGUAAACAGAUUAACUCCAGUGGAGAGACGGAAAUCUUUGAGGUUAAUAAUCUUUGUGUACUCAUUUACACCGAGGACCUCACAAAGAUUCAAAAUGUAGAUAUUCUGGUGUCAACAGAAAAUCCCAAAGUACCUGGAAACGGCCAACUUGCAAAAGCAAUUCUCAAAAAAGCAGGAAAACCAUAUCAGAAGGAGCAUGCACAACUGUUUUCGGGGACGAAAAAAUAUUACACCACCGAAGUUUUACGGACGGGUGCAGGCUAUCUUGGUUUUCAAAUCGUAUUACAUGCCAUUAUUGAUGAAUUUCCGGAUGAUCUUCCCUCAGGAUUUUACCAACAACAAUUAUGGGAUACAACGCUUAAAAUACUAAAUGCAGCAAAUAAUGAAAAGGUUAAAAAGAAGAAAUUGUUUUCCAUUGCAUUAUCAUUAUUAGGAACAGGUUCAAUUCAGAAUCCACAAUAUCUAGCAACAUAUGCUACCGUUAUGCUACAAGCCAUUGAAUGUUUCUCAUUAGCAGAGGGUGUAAAUUUAAAGACGGUACAUAUUGUCAAUUUUACCGAACAAACUACGAAAGUAGUUGUCGAUGUGUUUAGAUCCUUCUGUUCAGAUUCAAAUCGUCCAAGAGACCGACAAGUGAAGAAAAAAGAACCAAAGGGUGAGAUAGCAAAAGAUUCUCGUAAGGAUUCAUACAAGUUUAACCCUUAAAAAUUA